AUGGACGAACGCGCAACCAAUACUAGCGAAAAGGCGGUGAAACGCAACCUCGUCGACAAAGUCUGGUAUAAUGACCGCAGAGUCCUCGAGCGUCUCCGCAUCCAGGACGUAGCAGACUCCUUCGUCGAUGCGUGCAUGGAGAACUUCGAGCGAGACAACGAAGAGCACAUCCGAACACUUAUGAAGAUCGGGAAUGACUCCAUUCGAAACGGCAUACGAUGCAAAAGCGAGAUGUACGAGCCUUGGCGUCACAUCAUGAACUACAUACGCGACUUCCAGGAUCUAUCUAGUGUACCGCCCAUUCCCAAUCUUCCUCUCCCUCGCCAGAUCCUUGACGAGAGACAGUUGGCCGGCAAUAAGACUGUGUUUGACUUCGAUUACCCUACACUGAUACCCGACUUCUCGAUUAUUUCACCGAGAGCAACACUCUCUGGCCUCAAUCGUCCUGAUUGCCUAGCCUCCUUGAGCGACGUAUUUGGCCACUUAGACACCAACUACGAGGAAGAUACUACAGGUACCCACGACGAUAGCAUCUCGAAGAUUCUCUACCAGUCGGUCAACUACGCUCGCAUCCAUAUGGCCGCACGUCCAUUCAACCUCUUCUCCAUCGGUCUGAUGAUUUCUGGAAACGUAUUCCAUGCUGGCAUCUUCGAUUGCGACGGCGUCUCCCUCUCUCCAGAGACAUACCUGUGGGACACGGACAGCUGGAAGGUCGACAACAACGGCAUGCGCACGUUUAUCAAAGUCAUCCGAAGUGUGACUUGCGUCCUAUCGGAGGAAGGCAUAGGACAUGAUCCAACUGUGCAGGUUAUCGACGAUUCCGAAAGCAAGGUUCCCGUCUAUCGACUCUCCCUCGGUGGCAAUGACACUCGUCUCUGGCAGACCGUCGGCGCACCGUAUUGGGCUUCUGUCCCUUAUACCGGCCGACGGACUAGCGUAUGGGCCGUUCAACAGGUCGACUCGAAGAGCGGACAACCUUCUGGCGAUAUCUUCAUCCUAAAGAAUGCGUGGCAUACUCAGCGAAGGACACCGGAGUCAUAUAUAUACAGAUCGGUGAAAGGAGAUCAUCCAGGCCUUGCGAAGUUUUUCGAUGGGAGAGACGUUCUCUUUCCGGUUUCUAACGACGACAAACCCAUCACGGUGUACAAUCUUCGAGGAUACGAGCCCGAUGAACGCGGUGUCGAACACUAUCUGCAUCGGCUUCUCUUGGAAUCAGUCGGCCAACCACUAUGGGACUACGAGUCCGAGCUGCAGCUUCUCAAAGCCUUGCGGGCUGCCACCCUCGCUCAUCAGUUUUUGACGAAACAGGGAAUUUUGCACUGCGAUAUUUCUGCCGGUAAUGGAACAACUCAGUUUAUGGCAAUCGAGCUCCUGGCCUGGUCGAUGCGACAAGGAAAGACCAAGGUCAAGAUUCCACCGCACGGCAUUCACCAUGACCUUGAGUCCAUCAUAUGGGUCACUGCUUACGCCAUCAUGAAGCACAUCCACCCAUUGGUCCUGCGAGAUCAGGACUUGUCCCUGGAUGACCAGCAAGACUGGCUCGAGAUCAUCCAGGACGCAUUUGGCCACUCGACGCUCAGAAGUGUGCAUAAUUCCCGGACUGCGAUGGCCCCGUUCAUGUUUUUCGAUAUGGAUUUUGCGAUUAUUUCCCCGGUGGAAGAGGUUGUACGGAAAUACGUGUCGGGGACGAUGCGUGAGCUUUUGGUGGGGUUUGUUGAUUUGGUCGAGCAUCAGAAUAUUCGACUUUCGGUGAAGAUGACGUACGAUGAUGUACUGGUUCUGUUUGAUGUAGCGAUUGCGAAGAUAGAGGCUGAGACGAGGAGUGCUCAGUCGUAUAUUAUUUCAAAACAGCUGUAA